CCGCCCGGCGGCGGCGGAGGCCGCGAACCCGGCCUCGACAUCGGCACGCUGGUCGAGUGCAAGCAGGAGCCCGACAGCGAGUUCGUCGACCUGGAGCAGUGCGCCGCGGCGCUGGAGAAGGACGCCGCCGCCAACGGGGCCUCCUUCCCGGGCCUGACGGACCUCAUCGGCGACGACACCAGCGACGAGAUCAUCACGUCGGACGCCUUCAAGGACCUCAUCUCUGAGAUCUCCGACUUCCACCAGGUUUUCUUGAAAGAAUUCGACUUCGAAGGCAAUAGCGUGGACGGUCUGGGCGCGGGCGGCGGCGGCGGCACCAUCAAGAC